UUCCAUAUUCAGCAAUGGCAGCUCCUCAGUUGAGCGGAUGAGUUCAAGAGGAGCAGACGUGCGAGGUUGGCGCUCCUUCAGUUCGAAGCAUGUGAUUUUUUUUGCCGAGGAAGCAAGACAGUCAACAAGACGUAAAAGCUCGGAUUUAUGGCCUUGUUGACAAUUAGUGUCAAGUGACAUCUGUCUAUGUACAAUUAGAUCGAAUGUGUCAAUGAGCUGAAUUGCGAGAUUGAGGCCAUCAGCUAAUGUAUACACCAGAGGAGAACGCCCUCCACGAUUUUUCCACAAGAUCAACCCUCAUGCUUUUGGAAUGAAUACUUGUUUGCUUUAGCGUUCUCGACUCGUCUUUGAGGCAGUGAUAUCUGGAUGUUGUCACGCAGACUCUUGCGGUUUACACCGAGUUCGAUGACAGUCGAGUUAAGUCCGUUCAAUUCAGAGGAAUACGCUGAAUAAUACGAAGACCUCAAACGACUCCCAACCCCUUUUGGGUCGAUAUCAAAGGGAAACAAUAGUACAUCAACAUUCCCGUCAUUCUUCAAUUCUAUUGUGUUCACGUCAUCCAAGAUUGAUCAACUUUAGAGGCCACAUAAAUCACCCUCCACCACCAAGCCGGUUUUUGAGCUAAGAAGGCCAUUUUCAGUUGUCCGCAUUCAUCGAGUUGCAGAAUCCACCUUCAUGGACUGAAGUGAGUGUUCCUUGCCUUCCCAGAAGAGACAGACAUAUGGUUCAAAUCGUUCUGAGAUCUUAUCUGAAGAAAGUGUCAUCCGUGAUUGAAUGCAGUAUCCAACUUCAAAAAGCCGUUUUCUUUUGAAUUUUGGACGCCAUAAUCUUUCACUCACUCAACCGGUCUCAUAGCAUCCAACUUGGUCAUAGCAGUGGAACAACAUCCGAGCUGGAGAAAGCACUCUCGGCAUCUAGUCAGUCCUUCAUUUUGGAACCGGUGCUGCAAAAAGGGGGAAACGGUGGAACGAUCUCAGCUGAGAAGACCUGGCCUGACUUGUUCUCUACUCACUCUGAGCUCACGAAAAGCGUCAGGAUAAGCUCAAGAGCUCUACUAGAGGGCGCUUCUUGUCGUUGGCAUUGUUUAUAUUAGAAAUCACACUACUUUGGCAAACAAACGUUAACGAUCUUGGUAGCAAGCUGCGAGAUAAGACCAAUGUUCGGAUUUUUUCUGAAUCACCAGAGUUGAUCGAGAACGAGCAACUUCGAGAAAGCCAGGCCUUUGGUAGUCUUGAAUCUUGCUCAGAAAGCUGUGGAGUGAAGUGAAUUUUCCAAAAUGUCUGGCUCUCCUUUGAGUGACAGAAAACCCAAUGUGGAGGAACCCCCGGGGGAGCCCACUGAGGACGUGAACCUGCUUCAAACAGUGCCCGAGGGUAAAUGUCUGGAGAUCAUCCCGAAACCAGACGACGAAGCUUCUUCAUCCUCUGGAAUGCAACGGGAUCACACGGUGAUCCGUGUUCCACAUCGAAAACGAUCCAGUUUGACGCGGAAAAGGACCAAGCGCUUCUUGGACCAAGGUUGUCGACGCGUGUCUUCCAAAGCGUUUUGGUUCCAGAAAUUGCCCUGUUUGGAGUUUGCUCGGAACUAUGACUUGAGUUGUCUGGUGGGGGACAUGGUGGCAGGUGUGACUGUGGCACUCACCGUGAUUCCACAGGGCAUUGGUUAUGCUCCCUUAGCCGGACUUCCGCUGCAGUAUGGUUUAUAUGCGGCGAUUGUGCCCGCGUUCGUCUAUGCGGUUCUGGGUACCUGCAAGGAGUCCAAUAUCGGCCCCACUGCCGUGAAUGCGUUGAUGUCUUUUAACUAUGCUGGGAACUCGGUGGUCCAUGCCGUGGCCUUGGCCUUCUUCUCCGGGAUCAUUGAAAUCCUGGCGGGUUGCUUCAAAUUGGGCUUCCUCGUUCACUUCAUCUCCUCUCCCGUGAUCUCAGCCUUUACGUCGGCCGUGUCGAUUCAAGUGGCCACUAGUCAAGUUAAAGGCCUGUUGGGCCUACAGAUCUCGAGUCGAGGAUUUAUCAAUACUUGGAUUGGAGUGUUCCAGAACAUGGACCGUGUCAGACCGUGCGAUGCAGCUCUGGGAUUCACCUGCAUUGGUAUUCUACUCUUCCUCCGAAAAGUGAAAGACACUCAUUGGUGCGAAGGGCCCGACCCCGAGACGAUUCGAGCCCGAUUCUUCGCCAAGUUUAAGUGGAUGAUCUCGAUCUCCCGGAACUGUGUCAUCGUCAUUCUGUCGGCCGUCAUUGCCUAUGUUCUCACCGAAGUCUAUGAAAUGAAAGACGUACUCAUCUUGACAGGCGAAGUCGUGCCUGGAUUGCCUUCGAUCCAGUUGCCCUGGCAAAUCCCGACUCAAAACCAGACGAUCGUAACACCCGCAGAGCUUGUCAGUGACCUCGGGAUCGGUAUUAUCAUGGUGCCAAUCGUGUCAUUCCUCCAACAUUUAGCCAUUGCCAAAUUCUAUGCCUCCGGAAACAAGGCGGUAGAUGCUUCCCAGGAAAUGGUGGCGUUGGGCGUGUCUCAGUUUUUGGGCUCGUUCGUCGGUUCAUUGCCAGUCACGUCGGCCUUUAGUCGCUCGGCCGUGAACAGUUCCAGUGGUGUGCGAACCACGUUCGGUGGGAUUCUCACCGGGAUCAUCGUUUUGAUGACUUGCUCGUUCCUCACGCCCCAUUUCGGAUAUAUUCCCAAGUCGGCAUUGUCCGCUGUCAUCAUUUCUGCUGUGAUUUUCAUUGUCGACAUCGAGAUCCUAUUGCCGAUUUGGCGGUCUAAAAAAAUUGAUCUUGUCCCGUUUUGCUUGACCUUUUUCCUGGGUCUCUUUGUUCGCGUGGAAGUGGGGAUGAUUGUGGGCACUCUUGUUCACCUGUCAAUGCUUAUCUUUACAGCCAGUCGACCUAAGGUCACCGUUAAAGAGGGACAGAUCGACAAUAUUCCCUAUAUCUUGGUAACCCCGGAUCGAGGCCUGUUCUUCCCCUCCGUGGAUGAAAUCCGGACCAAGAUCCUCGAAAUUGUUCAGAACAAUCAAUCUAAUGAGACUCAUCUGCUGACCCCAAUUAUCAUGGACAUGAGCCAAGUUCGAGAAAUGGACUACACGGCUGCUUCGGGGAUUCGUGGCUUGACGAAAAGUCUGAAGAAAUCCGGUCAGCACGUCUACUUUUGUUGCGUUGAUGAGAGCAUUGAGGAGAUUUUGCAAGGGGUCGACUCCUCUUUGUUCUUGGCGUAUGUCAAUCUCCAGGACGCUGAACAAAAGAUCCGAGGCUCCUAAGCGAUCUGCUAUUCACAAACUACGAGGCUGUGAACUUGUAAUUCUUUUGCACGGGCAUUAUUAGUUCAAAUAAAGAUAUCACUGUUAAGGUU